UUCAUCCUCAAAUUUCUCCAACCUUUGCUUCUCUUUGUUUCUUUCUUCAACCUCUUUCUUUCUUCUUCACCGCCGACGUGUGCCUGUAAUAAACACAUAUACCUCGAUCGAUCCUCCUCCUCCUCAAAAAAUUUCCUGUUUUUUUUUCUUGAAAUCUAUCAAGAAUUUUCUUCAGCUUUCUUUUUCUUGAUUAAUAAAACGUAUAUAGAUGGUGGAAGAAGGAGGAGUAGUUGUGAAUCAAGGAGGAGAUCAGGAGGUGGUUGAUUUGCCUCCGGGGUUUCGGUUUCAUCCAACUGAUGAAGAGAUCAUAACUCACUACCUUAAAGAAAAGGUCUUCAACGUCCGAUUCACCGCGGCUGCAAUUGGUCAAGCCGACCUCAACAAGAACGAGCCUUGGGAUCUACCAAAGAUUGCAAAGAUGGGGGAGAAGGAGUUUUACUUCUUUUGUCAGAGGGAUAGGAAGUACCCGACCGGGAUGAGGACGAACCGUGCCACCGCGUCCGGUUAUUGGAAGGCGACCGGGAAGGACAAGGAGAUCUUUAGAGGCAAAGGUUGUCUUGUUGGGAUGAAGAAAACACUUGUGUUCUAUAGAGGAAGAGCUCCAAAAGGUGAAAAGACCAAUUGGGUUAUGCAUGAGUAUCGUCUUGAUGGCAAAUAUUCUUAUCACAAUCUCCCUAAAUCCGCAAGGGAUGAAUGGGUGGUGAGUAGGGUUUUUCACAAGAAUGCUCCUCCUCCUACGACAACUUCUACAAAUCAACUCAUAAGGAUUGAUUCUCUUGAAAACAUUGAUCAUCUCUUAAACUUCUCAUCUCUCCCUCCUCUCAUCGAUCCGGGUUUCUUGGGUCAACCCGGCCCAAGCUUCUCCGGUGCCGGCCAACAACACGACCUCAAACCCAUUCUCCAUCACCCUACAACCGGCCCGAUCGACAACACUUACCUCUCUGGCCAAUCCCUAAUCACUUACCCUUACCACUCGGUCCAAAAUAAUAACAAUGGAAUGAUCAAGUUGGAGCAUUCUCUUGUGAGUGUGUCUCAAGAAACCGGUUUAAGUUCCGAUGUGAACACAACUGCGACGCAGGAGAUAUCUUCGUAUCAAAAGAUGGUGUAUCCCGCGGCCAAUGCGGUGAUGAUGGAUGGUAAGAAGACGUCGUAUGAUGAUCUUGAUGACUUGGGGAUCUUUUGGGACGACUACUAACUAAUUUGAAGGUUAUUAUCUUAUUAAUUGUGGAUCUGUGAGAGUGGCAUUGAUUACUUUGUAUAUAUCCAUAAGCAUAUUAGGUUUUCUAAGGCAAAUGAACUCUAGUUAGACGAUUGUUUAGACUUUACGUAGUUUUUAGUUUGGGAGAAAAGGCUUGGUACGUAAUUUCAAUUAUUUUUCUUUGUGAUUAACUUGUACAUAUAUAUAAUUCGUAUGAUUAAUUCAUUUCAAGUAAUAUGUAAUGUAAAGUUUAUACGUUUUAAUGUAACGUCUGAAAAAAUGAUA